UGUCCAUUCACGUCUUAUCCUGUUUACUUUGCUAUUGUGCUAGUGUUGUUUACUUUGCGUAUUCGUUGUUGUUGUAUUUUAAGUACUUCGUGUUUUCGACAUGGUUGAAUCAACUGCUGAAACCGUACCCGCUACUCCGGUGGCUGCUUCUCCUAAAAAGAAGAAGACUCCAGUCAAAGGUAAAGCUACCGCCAAAAAAGCUUCCACCCAUCCGCCUACCGCUUCUAUGGUCAACAAUGCCAUUAAAUCAUUGAACGAACGUGGUGGUUCUUCUCUGCAAGCCAUCAAGAAAUCCAUCAGUGGCACCUACAAGCUUGAUGCUGAGAAGCUCGCUCCUUUCAUCAAGAAGUACUUGAAAUCCGCCGUCGAAAAAGGUACUUUGAUCCGUACUAAAGGUAAAGGUGCCUCUGGUUCGUUCAAGUUGGCUUCCAAAGCUGAACCCAAAAAGAAAACCGCAGCCCCGAAAAAGAAAAUCGUCAAGAAAGUAAAAUCCGGUGAUGCUAAACCAGCGAAAGCUAAAACCGCCAAGAAACCCGCUGCGAAAAAGGCCGCCAAACCGAAAGCUGCUUCGAAACCAAAAUCGACUACACCGAAGAAAGCUAAAGCUCCGAGUAAAGUAAAGAAAACCAAAGCUACUCCAACCAAGAAACCGAAAUCGCCUAAGCCGAAGAAGACUGCGGCCAAAAAGCCCAAGAAGACCAUUACCAAGAAAUAAGUACACAUGGGAAAGUGUACAUCUUAAAACGGCCCUUUUCAGGGCCACCAAUUUUAUUUCUUCAAAUAUGUGUGAACACGUUGACUUAACUCGUAUUGAGUUAGUUUCUCAAUCUCAACUUCUCAACAUCGCUCGAAUUAGAAUUUGAAAUCAAAUUCGAAGGAAUAUGAAAUUAUUAAUUGAGUCCUAAAUUUAGCGAGGAUCGUUCUCAUGAUUCAUUAUGAUCACAAAAUGAAAUUUUAUGCAUUAAAUUCGAGGAAAUACGAAAUGACUAAUCGAGAAUCGAGUUCUAAAUUUUGCGAGGAUCGUAUCGUUCUCACGAUUUUUUAUGGUCACAAAAUAAAAUUUUAUGGUAAUUAUUAGGUGCCUUAAUUUUGAAUUCCCAGGGAAAGUUCAUCAGAUUCAUAUAAAAAUGAGCAAAUUUACAAAGAUAAAUUCUGCGUUGGAAAGUUGGUUCAAGAUUUGGCCAACAUUUUUCGAUCUGUAUCUGUUGACUUGGUAGUACGAGUAACAGUGACCUACUUAGGACGACAUUGAAGACCUAUUUUAAAUUUAAACAUCGCGAUGCAUUAUCGGUAUUCAAUUUGCUGCUGGUAAUAUACCUAACUAGCCCUUUUAAAUGAUUCGAUCUGAAUUUUAUUUUCAUUAUUAUCAAUUCAUUACCAGAAUGAAUUUUUGUGAAGUGAUUAUUUAAAAUAUACCUAUACAAGCGUA